UCUAACGGUGAGAAAAAGGGAUUGUUUGGAGGAUUGAUUGUGAUUUAAGAAGGCCGGUAUUCGUUAGCCGUUUCAAUGUGUAAAAGGUUCGUGUUUUGAAAUAUGAGUAAAGUGACGGAUUCGGGUGCUUUACCUCCCACCGGGGGCUUAUCACCAUCCACCAACAAACAGUCUUCUGUGCCUGGGCACUACAUCAAUACAUCAUCACUCCUAGCACAGAGCCCGGAUACUCAACAUCUCGGCGGGAAUAGUCCCGAAAUCAGGGAAUCCAAUUUUCUGUCUAAUGGUGUUGAUUCCUUGUCAGAUGUAGGUGAGUUAGACUCUGACGUAGAGGAUAUAGAGGACAAUGGACAGUUGUUCGACAGUUAUAUUAAAAGGGAAAUUGAGAAUGGCGGUGUGUCUAAACGUACUUUGGCGUUCGAGGAUCCGGCAGAGUCACAAUAUAACAAUAGUGCCACAAUGGAUCAGGAAGAAAUUAUUGAAAAGCCCAGACCCACUCGUAAAUAUCUACAGCGGAAAAGGUUGAAACUGCUGUUGAAUAAGGUCAUGGAGAAAUUCAAAGCCAAUGUGAAAAAUCAAAGGCCUAUACGUCUGCACAUGAACGUGAAACCCAAACAAGCCUGGGACUAUGGCCCACUAACAACAGGUGCCUAUAAUGACAUAGGAGACAUGUUUUACACAGUCCCACUGACAGAAUGGACUAUUGAAGGCCAGAUUAAUGCCGAUGAGUCGGACAAGGCUGUGGUUGACACACAAGAGGACUUGCCUCGUGAAAUCAGCUCUCCCGAAAAAGAGGAAAGGCGAUUUAACUCGCCGUCUACCGACAAUAUCACGGUGUUAGCCGACGCUUACAUCGUAGAUACAGACGACGAGAAAAAUCGAGGCGAAGAGGAAACCGUGAAUGUACAGGACAUAAAAUCCAGAACAACGUCAGCGGCUGCUGUAUCGAUAGUGGCGAAUUCGUUAGGUCCAGACCCUGCCACUACAGGUGUUUCCCCGGUGACCGGUUCCGGGUUGACGUCUACACCAGCGACAGCUCCACUGUCAGUAUCGGCAUCAGAAAAUGUGACGUCAACAUCGGUAGAUUUGACGGCACCCGCUGAAAACACACCCCUACAUAUAACCACUAUAUCUACAGGUACACUAGUUUCCAGAAGCCCUUCUCCGACCAAAGGACUGGUGAAGUCAUCGCCUGCUGGAGUAACGCCCUCCGACAAACCCAUACAACGAUCGGCACCUGUGAACAAGGUUAACAAUGCCAUAACGUUCAUAUCCUCCACAUACGAAAAGCCAAAACCUAAUGUAACGUUUGCUCGCAGCACCACAUCUAUACCUAUAAACAUAAAUCCAAUACACUCUGCUCCUCCGAGCACUGAGGCCGCGUUACAGAGGGAGGACACUUGGGGAUCACGUGCUCCACUACCUAGUCUGGCGUCCCACGACAGUAUGAAAUUUGACGAAGAAGGCUCCGAGACAUCUUCUUCAUCGCCACAAAACAAAAGGAAAAUAAUAGUGACACUACCAGACAUAUCAACAGAUGUCGAAGAUCGCAAAAAGGUUCUGCACACCCAAGUUACACAAAGCGAACCAAGGAACGCAUUUCCUAGUGCAAAAACUAGCAAAUCGCUACCGAAACACAGCCAGAAGGUGCCGCCCAAUUACACGUUAGAGGGAUCCGCCAGAACUCUUGCUCGAAAACAAAGUGACCUCCCAACUCUUAAGAUUACAGGUUCCAACGAAGAGGCUUUGUCAUCCAGCUUAUUCCGUAUUGCACCAGGAAAUACAUCGAAAGGAUCAAUCGAAAUCGUCACAUCUGAAAAUGCCUCCGCCGGAAGUGAUUCGGUCAGUUCACCGGAAGUGAUUGAAACCAUUCAACAUGCGACUCCUAUGGUAGCUAGUAUACCAAAAUUGCACGGCGAAAACCCCCUUUUAUCUGUAAAAGGUACAAAUGUUUCAAACUCGAACCCGAUUGGUGAAUGUACAGCAGACAGCUCCUCAUCAGAAUCUGUAGAUCUGUCUAAGAACAUGCUAGGCAACAGAUUAAGUAUUGUUAUCGUGAAUCGAAAGCGAGCUAAAGCUUGCCGACAACGUCACAAACGGAAGUCAGCUCAUCAGAGUGAGCCAGAAAUGAGGCUGUAUAGAUCAUCUUAUACCAGAAGAAAUAAAGACAUGGAAUAUACAGGCCCGUUCAUAGAGAGAUCUAAGACACUCGAGUUCCCUUCUUUGGCACCUGGAAAGGUCUGGAAUCCGGACCUGGAGGCGUCGGCUACACGUACUAACCCGGAAAACCACAAAGAUCCAAAAAAGUCUCAAAAGUCGCCGAAAUUGACGUGUCUACGUGGUCAUACUGACAAGGAGGUCAACCCAUUGGGCAGUGUACCUCAGGCCUCACAACUCAACGGACAUAUGUCCGACUUCCUUUACCGAGUGUUCGUUCGACAGAGCCUUGCCUCUCAAACAGGAAGUGCGGGCAAGAAACCAACACCAGUGCCAUUACCGGAAGUACCUUCGACAUAUAAACCUUUCCGUUCAUUAACAUUUGUUCAGAGUAACCCGUCUGUGCGCCUAUAUAGGCAACCCAACUGGUCUCCGGAUAAGACUUAUAGUGCUGACAAACUAGGGAUUGUAAACAAUCCGUCUUUUGUUGUUCUUUAAUGUAAAUGUUUACUACAAUGACAAAUUCAUAAGAAACUUUGUGUAAUAUUAUGGAAUCGAAACUUACAUGAUGUAAAUAUACCACUUUAAAAUCUUUGGAAUUAUCUAUUGAAAACUUUAUCGAAUAAAUAAUAUACACCA